CCCAGGGAUGCAAGGAUCAUGGCUUUAUUGCUGGCUUCCAUGGGCAUCGAAGAUGCCGAGCCUGCAGUGCUAAGCAUGCUGCUUGAAUUCUCGCAUCGUUACGCAGCGAACAUUUUGCGAGAUGCUCAAAUCUACUCUGAGCACGCUCACUUUUCGACUCGGUCAGGCGGUGUGAACGCUUCCGCUAGCAGCCCUGCAGUGGGUCUGGAGGACAUUAUGCUCGCCGUCUCUGCCAAAUUGGCCAAUUCGGGUCGAGGAAGGGGCGCAGCAACAGAGAAGGAGAUGCUCCUCUCUCUCGCAUCCAGCCUCAAUGCCACACCCUUGCCUCCGAUCUCAGACACCUAUGGAAUCCGUCUCCCGCCUCCUCAGCACACCUUGACGAAUAUAGACUUCUCCAUCAUCCCC